CGCGGUAAGCUGCGUUUUAUCAUUGUGCUCGUGGUAUGGGCGUGUGAUGUCACAUGCGUAAUGCUCAGGCUAAACUGUUUCCUGCCUGUAAAGCUGCAGUGCAUGCUCGGUAACUUUUAGACAGUGUGCUCUUCUGAUGAAGUUGUGUUCAAGUUUAGUACUUGUUUGAUUUGUUUUGAAAAGCUUUUAUGGAUCUAACCUUCACUCUUUUUUUUAAAAGUGUUAUUGGUCUGAUUUGCUCCACACCAUAUUCUUCUUCUUCCUCUUUUGGUUCUGCUUCUUUGUUUGGUCGUUUUAAAGCUGUUUGGUGAUCUUGUGCAGUUAACUUGAGAUUUUAAUCAAAGGAAUUUUAUUUUAAAUUGCAUUAAUUUCCUGCUGUGUCCAACUGUUAAGCUGCACAUUUCUUCACCCACAAUUCGUUUGCUAGAUAACGUCAUCUUCUCUUUGGGUUUCAAUCACACAGAAAUAUUUUUUUUUUAAACAGCACUGAUUUCGCAAGAAAAUCAGUUUUAAGUCUUUACAUGAUGUGGAUUUUCUUUUUUCUUAAUUCACCCCAGGCCUGGCGCGUUUCUAACUGCAGGCCUUUAAAUUAUUAAUUUUGUCACCCUUUGCUAGAAAUCUAGUCUUGCAAUGGUUGCAUGUUUGAUCCAAGCUUCAAAUGGUAUUUAGCCUUUAUUUUGUAUUACUGUCAGACAAAAAAAAAUCCCUUUAUUACGUUUUGUGAAAAAUAAGCAGGCCUGUUGUUUUCUGCAGCUUUCAAAUCCACAGCUGAUGGUUUACAAAAUCGAAAACAAAUAUCUGUGAAUGGCCAACUAGUCGAGCUGGAGACUAGUUGGCCAUUGGUUUAACACGAGCUGCCAGGAAACGCUGACUUUAUCAUUCUUUUGUUGGGGAACUCGGCUUUGACCCGUCACAAGGACCGGCAGGGUCAGGUGAAAGGCAGGUCAGGCUGUCUAAUAAAUACUGAAACGUGAAGUGCAAGGACGAUUUAUAACAAAUGAGUAAAUAAAUAAAUAAUGCACUCAUCAUUUAAUUGAGGCCGUAACGAAUAUUUUGAGUUUUUGUUCGUAUUUUAGCGGAAGUUUUCCAGCUCAGAUCACAGCAUAUAUAUGUACACAUGCAUACUACACGCAGGCCUACAUAUUCGUUAAAGAAGCUCCAGCACAAAGCGUCACACUGAUUUUACAUUUUACUGUUUUAUGUUUGAUUCUUAUUUAUUAAAGGCCUCUUUUACAAGGUUGGUGCAAGCCAAUAAUAUUCCCUAUUAUAUUACACUAAACCGUUUACAUCACCUGUCAAAUAAUUAGCCACGAAUUUGUUUCUUUAUCCGUUUAAUUUUUCUUAUUAAAGACGAAAACGUGGUCUGUGUGUGAGGCACAGUUGCUUUUUAAGCCCUUUCAGAGCUGAGAUGCAAUUAUUGUGUCACAUUUUGGACAAGAAGGAAACAUGUCAUAAAUUCAAAUUACUGUCUCGUUGCUUAAAUACUGACUCAAAAUUUUUAGAGUUUGCGAUAUUUUCUCGCCAUCAGCGUUAUUUUUCUCCAUAUAGACGCACUGAUAUAAAAUUAGCUCACUCGCAUGGUGAUUUAGCGUCCUUGAAAAAAAAAAGUGUAUUAUUUUUGCUAGACCCUCUCAGUUUCUCUCAGUUUUGGCCAAUCUGUCUUGAUCACGCCCAGCUUUAACUAAUUUAAUUUGUAGAGGAAGCUCGGUGUAGGGCUUGAGGUGGUCUCCAUGGCAGUUAGUUAAGGUCUGACGACUUGGUAAACUUUUGCACCCUUUGAGCUGUCAGCAGCAGUAAAAAUAAUUGAACUUUUUGAUAAGUUUGUAAAUGAUUUGAGUUGACCUCGAUGGCCUCCAGCCCGUAGCAUCUUUUGGACAGCGGAGGUAGGAAACCCCUGUAUAACCUGGCAAGUGCUCAGGGGUUUAUACCGUUGCUCGAUUGCUUGACGGAGGCUUAACUUUAAAUCUGAGCUGACAGUUUUAAAAAGUUUAAGGUCAUUUAUGGAUUUAUGGUGUUUGAAGAAGUGUAUUGUCUUGCUGUGAACUUGGGCUGUAGCCUGAUGAAGAGAAGAAGAUCUUCUGCGUUGAAAGCUGGGCUGACCUCAGUUGGUAGCUGUUUUUUUUCAUUUACUUUACGCUUGUCAUUUUCUUACGAUUGACAGGAGCACCCAGGGCAGAGGUAGCCUGUAGCCUAAUAUUUUUGCUUUUCCUUUUCUUUAUGUCUUUCUUCUUCUGCUUUUUUGGAAGCCUUGUCAACCAGCAACUUACAAGGCUUCGAGGGUUUCGUGUGUCCUAUUGACGAGAUUUCCUUCAAAUAAGCAACAAAAAAGACCACGAAAAAAGCAUACUUUAUACUGUAGAAAAGGGGAAUAAAUUAAAAAGGAAAUGCCGUGGCUAAAACAAAGAAAAUAGGGCACUCCGGAGUGAUUAUAGCUUAUAAAAGUAUGUGUUUAUCCCUGGGUUUUUAAUUCUUGCCUCUUAUUUUCUUAUGUAACCUCAGCUUCUUUGAUGGUUUUGGUUUAUUCUGAUUGUGAGCCACUCUGUUAAUUUUAUUAGUCUAGAGUGCUGCACAAAGAAAACGUGAUGUGGUUUAGGGGGUAAAAUUAGGCAGCAUCGCUUCGCGUCGUCUAUAUAUACCCUGUAGAACCGAAUUUGUGUGAUGAAACCAGAUUCACAGAUUCGAUUCUAGGGGAGUAUAUGGUCGAUGAAAAAACUUCGAUUUAUUGACUUUACUGCCAUCGUUAUCAGGCAUUUGAAGCCUAAUGUGCUUCCAGUUGUUACAUUAACAGUGUUGGUUUAUGAGUGAGAGUAAAUCUGACAACACCACAUUCCUCAUAAGAGGUCGUGCUGUAACUCUGUAGGCUUAAAGGAAAUCUAAUAUGAAAUGUUGCACGUGGAAAUAAACAUUGGAAGGUGUCUCUAUUCCUGUUUGGCUCGCUGUGCUUUGCAUGAAAUACCAAAUGAAUUUACUAAAUGAAACCAAGCCACAGACACUCCAGCUGUAGCUCUUUUUUCUCUCUUGUGGGCAGUUUCUGUCUCUACAUUAUUGAUUCCCAGAGACUGCUGCUGCUGUCCAAUAGGCUCCUGAGACAGAUUUUUUUUUUCAAAGGGAUGGGAGCAGAUGAAGUGAUGAGAUUCGUGUAACUUUUGGAUGACCCCUUCUUGACAAAGACAGUGUCCAUCAAUUGUCCUCACUCAUUAUUCGCUGUCUUUAUGCCAAGGGGCUUUUUGUAUCUUUUGUUGGUUUCUCUGUUGAACACCAUGCUUUUAAGUUAGACUUUAGAAACCAGAAAUCAGCUUUGAUGAAACAUCACCAUGCACAGAAGACAAUCCCCAUUUUUAAUAUUCUGUUUUCUUUUUAAUACGUUUCGUAAGUUCAAUAUUGUGCAUAUUUUCCCCCAAUUUUUCUAUUUAUUUAUUUUGAAAUCCUCAUUUUCUGUCUUCCAAACACGUAUGCAGAUGUUUCAAGAUAAUAUUUGCGUUUUUUCCAUCAGGUUCUAAUUUCUGUGUAUCUUAACUCAGAUAAAAAUGCAUUUAGUUGUAUGUUUACCAGUGUUUGGACCCGCAUCACCUCUAUUGGCCGAUCUGGUCACAUGGUUCGCUAACUUUAUUCAGUUGACACCAAGUAGGAGGGCUUUAUGGAGGGAGGAAAAAAGACAACUCGAGAAAAAUUAGUAUUUUCUACCUUCAGAAAUUAAUGGCCAUGAGUUCGUAUAUGGUGAACUCUAAGUAUGUGGAUCCCAAAUUUCCUCCCUGCGAGGAAUAUUCACAGAAUAACUAUAUACCUGAGCAGGGCUCCGACUACUACAGUCCAUCGCAGGACACAGACUUUCAGCAUCCAGGGAUCUACCCACGGUCAAACUACACGGAGCAACCCUUCAGCUGCAACACUGUGCAGGACUCCACAGUGCAACCACGGGGUCAUGGGCACGAGAGAGCCAGCCACCCGAGCCAUUUUAGCGCACAGACUGAGCAGGGGACUCCGGUCCAAGUGGCCGGACCCCGGACUUGUGGACAGCAGCAAAACACAAAGAGCCAAAAUGGGAUACAAGCCAAGCAGCCAGCAGUAGUUUACCCCUGGAUGAAGAAAGUUCACGUAACUACUGUGAACCCGGAUUACACGGGAUCUGAACCCAAGCGGUCCAGAACAGCUUACACCCGGCAGCAGGUUCUGGAGCUAGAAAAGGAGUUUCAUUUUAACAGGUAUCUGACCAGGCGGCGGCGGAUUGAGAUUGCCCACACUCUUUGUCUCUCCGAAAGGCAGAUUAAAAUCUGGUUUCAAAACAGACGGAUGAAAUGGAAGAAAGAUCACAAACUACCCAACACCAAGGGGAGAUCUGCACCAGUCUCCAACCAUCUGCAGAGCAUUCAGAAGGAUAACCUGACUGAUAUCACAGCAUUAUAAGAAAGGAAAGUGGUCCUGUCCUUAGAGAUUAACUGUAUAUAAAAAAGACAAAAGUUACAUCUGACUUUUGCAUGGACUGAUGUCGUUUCUAGCCAUUUUGUUUUUAAUUUAACAAACAUGACCCUCCAGCAUUGUUGCCUCGAGUCUGAGUGAGAAAAUCAAUCGGUCUUUAAAACCGAGAGGUUUGCAAGCUGAGCCUCUUCUGUGUUCAAAUUUCCUCAAAGAGACAGAAAAAACGUCGAAAUAAACUUUUCCUUCCCUCUUUUUCCGACGUUGCCCCCUCUGAGGAGACAUUUAUCAAGCAGCCUCGGCCGAUUCAGUGGAUUUAAACAAAGUGUCUCUGCUCUUCUCACGUGGAUUCAGCUGAUUUAAACAAUGAAAUAUCUUUGCUUAAAAACAAAACAGUGAGAUCAUUUCAAAUUACACGCACAUACACAAAAGUUAUUACAGCUUUCAGCACAGAAAUUAUUUUAGCCAACUGAAAAAUUCACAUUAAACGCACAAUAUAUAUAUAUAUAUAUAUAUAAAUGUAUACUUGAAGGAAAUAUUAUUUGCAUAUAGAGCACGCCAAACACUCCUCAACCUUUUUCAGAAAUCCCCGCUGAAUCUUUUGUGACUUGUAUGUUUUAACUUAUUUUGUACAAAAAAAAAGCUUUGAAAUUUUAAAAUUGUUAUUUCCCAAACACAAGACAUUCCUGUGUGCAUACUAUUCAGAGUGCCCUUAUAAAUCUUUCCUGACAUCUUUGUAAACAGUGUACAUUUUCAGAGGCUCUCUUGUGCCAUUUAAAACUCUCCUAUGAAAGAUCAUUUGUUCUUGCAUGGCAUCAAAUUGAUACUAGAUGUUUCCAAUCGGAAAUAAUCAAAUCCUGGAGAUUUAGCAGUAUUUUAUUUUUUAUUUUUCAGACGAUUUCUGCGUCAUUAUUUAUUUGUUUAAAAACGUGUACAUUUUUUCGUAUAGCACACAAUUAAAUUAAAAGUAUUCGUUAAACCUUUAUUAUUCCGAAAUAUGUUUGAACUCUUGUGCGUUAUUAGCAUGGCCUUAUGCAAAGUUUUAGUCUUAGUUAACAUGGGAAUCUUCUAUUUUUUUUUUUUUCAUUCACAACCAAGCUAUCCAUGGGGCUCUUUCAGGUCAUGUUUCAAGACAGAUAUUUCUCGUUUUAUACCGUCUUUGUCCUCGGACAAAAAGCCAAGAAGCUCUCCCAGUAUGUGGAGGUCUCCUUUCUGAAGUCUUCUUGACGAGAGAGUUGAAAAGGUAUUUCAACCGAAGGUCGACAAAGCAGCAGUGGCAGGUUCAUCCAGGGGACACAUUUCAGCCGCAAGGACUGACCCCAGCACCCCUGACCCGCCGGACAGGCAGCAUUUCUCUCCCAGGCGCUGUUCGCUUUGCUUUGGAGGACUGUUCCACCCUCAAAAAAAAAAAAAGAAAAAGAAAAAAGGCUAAAGCUGAUUCAAAGUAAGAGCCGCUGAAUUCCUCGUUUUACACGUGUUUAAACAGUAUUUAUACCAGGCGAAGCCCCCGAAAAGGUUCUGAUUUGUGCGUUUGUCUCCUCGUGUCUAUAUGCAAUCUUUUCGUUUUUAUUUUUGUACAUGCUUUUUACCUUGUACGGUGCAUUGAGAUGUGAGAAGUAUAUUGAA